GAACAUGUACAUUAUUUUUCUUUCUCGUGAGAGCAUUACCAAUUUGCAAACACAGUUGGUGUUAUUUUAAUGUUCAUUAAUGUAUUCCUUUGCAUCAUUUGAAAGUGAGCACCCCUAAUUAAGCUGAUUUAUUGCUUUAAUCACUCACAAUGGAAUCAAAUCAAAAACCCGGGGAUGGACUGACAGGCACACAGAAAGAAGCAGCCCUCCGUACAUUGAUCCAGCGCACAGGAUAUGGUUUGCUUCAGGAAAAUGGGCAGAGGAAAUAUGGCGGUCCCCCACCAGAUUGGGAGGGUUCACCCCCUGAGAGAGGCAGCGAGAUCUUCAUUGGAAAGUUACCCCGGGACCUGUUUGAGGAUGAGCUGGUACCACUCUGUGAAAAAUUUGGGAAAAUCUAUGAAGUACGAAUGAUGAUGGACUUUAACGGAAAUAAUCGUGGUUAUGCCUUUGUAACUUUCAGUAACAAACAAGAAGCCAAAAAUGCAAUGAAACAGCUCAAUAAUUAUGAAAUAAGGAGUGGACGUCUUUUGGGUGUCUGUGCGAGUGUUGACAACUGCCGCCUGUUUGUUGGAGGCAUCCCUAAAACAAAGAAAAGAGAUGAGAUCUUAGCAGAGAUGAGCAAAGUGUCAGACGGGGUAGUCAACUGCAUUGUAUAUCCCAGCGCAGCAGACAAGGGCAAAAACAGAGGCUUUGCUUUUGUGGAGUAUGAGAGCCACCGAGCUGCUGCCAUGGCCAGGAGGAAACUGAUGCCAGGGAGGAUACAACUGUGGGGCCAUGCCAUUGCAGUGGACUGGGCAGAGCCAGAGGUGGAAGUUGAUGAAGAUACGAUGGCAACAGUUAAAAUCCUGUAUGUGCGGAACUUAAUGUUGUCAACCACAGAGGAGACCAUUGAGAAUGAAUUCAACGGCAUCAAACCAGGAGCUGUCGAAAGAGUAAAGAAGAUAAGAGACUACGCUUUUGUGCACUUCACCAACAGAGAAGAUGCAGUAAAUGCCAUGAACACAUUGAAUGGAAAGCUGGUGGACGGCUCUCCAAUUGAGGUGACAUUGGCCAAACCUGUAGACAAGGACAGCUAUGUUCGACACACAAGGGGGACAGGGGGCCGAGGGUCCGUGCUGCAAGGAGAAUAUGCUUAUACACUAGGGCAGGUGUAUGAGCCUUCAGCUGCAUACCUGGGAGCUCCUGUCUUCUACGCACCCCAAGCCUACACACCCAUCCCAAACCCAAUGCGAUUCCCCCCCAACAAGGGACAUUUCAGCUCCCGGGGUAUGAUGCGCACCCCUUCCAUCAGAGAAAUUUACAUGACUGUACCUGUAGGGGCUGCAGGUGUUCGAGGGCUGGGUGGACGUGGGUACCUGGCCUAUACUGGCUUUGGCCGUGGUUUUGCGGGAUACCAACUGAAGGCAGACAAGCGAGGGGAGGACAAGCUUUAUGACCUCUUGCCCGGAAUGGAGCUCACACCUAUGAAUCCUGUAACCCUAAAACCUCAAGCAAUCAAACAUGCUCCUCAGAUAUUGGAAGAUAUUUGCCAGAAGAAUAACUGGGGGCAGCCAGUUUACCAGCUUCAUUCUGCCAUUGGGACCGACCAGAGACAACUUUUCAUAUACAAAAUCACCAUCCCUGCUCUUGCGACCCAGCAUCCCAACAUACAUCCCUUCACACCCACAAAGCUCUGUGCUUCAGUGGAUGAAGCAAAGACCUACGCUGCUGAGCAUGUCCUGCAGUUCCUGGGUCUGCAGACAGAGGGGGCUGAGCCCCCAGCGACUGCACCAUUCCCAGCGUAUACAAUAACAAAUGCAGCCGCCAGUGUAGCAGCAGCCCAGCUCAAGCAAGCAGUCACCUUAGGACAAGACCUAACAGCCUAUGCAGCGUAUGAGACAUACCCCGCUUUUGCCAUGGCAACGCGGGGAGAUGGCUAUGGAGUUUACUGAGACAGCUCCCAAAGGACCAUUGGCUUAGUUCAUGUUUAUGUUAUUGCACAUGAUCUGUGAGUUAUUCAUUUUACCUGAGCUUGUGUCAGGUUGUCAUUUAGAUGAGUACGAUACCACAGUUUGUUUUCUGUCUGUGUGCCUGCCAAUUAUUUUAAGAUUUAUUUGAAAUAAUAUAAUGUAAAUCUUCAAUUAGACAAACUUUUUAGCCUGUGUCUUCAUUAAUAUAAUUUCAAUAAUAUAAAUGUGAUACUAGUCCUGUUACGUUUUGACUCGUCUCAGGAAUAGGUAAGCUUGUAUGUUUACAAAUUACAUGUCUUUUUUUAUUUCUCUUUCAAAACUGCUUUUUGAAUAUUAAACAUAGUGGUAUGCACAUUCAAUACAUAUUUAUGUUUGUACAAAACAGUCAGUGCUUUUUAAAUGCUCUCAACUAUCUCCUGUUGUACCUAUAACACUGAUGCUCAGGUCAUGUUUCAAGAUGUGCAAAGCAAGAUUGAGUCAAACUGACUCAAAGUUAUUUUUCCCAAUUUUUUUUAAAUUGUGCAUUAACCUAUAUUUAUAAUGGUAUGUUUUUUGUUUUCUUUUAAUUAUUUACCACAAAAAGUUUGUAUUAUCUUUUUGUUUCUGGUGAUUUAGCAGACUUAGAAAUAGAGAAUAGAACAAACAAAUAAACUAAUCAGCAUCCCAUAAUGA